CGGUCCAUCAUGUCUAACGUGCAGGUGUUGCGCGCGCUGGUCGCAAAGAGACUGUCUGCAGCUGUGGAGGAGAUGAUCAGUGAGGUGGAAACUAUGAUAACAGAGAGCAGGAUACUGCACACAUCUGAAAUGUCACCUGAACAGCGGAGGGCAGCUGUACACAAGCGACUGUCGGCGGUUGCAGACGACAUAUUUAGGAUCCUUGAGUUAAUGAUGGGUGGACGUGAGGCGGAGGUUUCCUGUUCCCAUGACGACAUCGAACAUCAACACAAACUGCUGGACAUCACAUUGAAAACGGAGACAGAUAUUCACACAACAGAUGGUCUUCUACUCUCUGGAUCAGGGCCGCAGAACACAAACCUCAGUAAAGAUGCAUCAACGGAGACGGACUUUAAAUUAAUCCACGGUAAGACUUCACAUCCUCACCUAACUCAAAGAGCAGAUAAGAGCACCUCAACCAUGAUGGAGACAGACACACAAGGAGAGCACUCUGGGAUACCACUUAGCGACAAGGAGGUACUUUCAUCAAAACACUCAGGAGAGGCCGAGAGUGAAGAUGAUGAUGAUGACAGCGACAAAGAGCUUAAUGAGACCCCUCUUAAAUCAAACAAAAGAAAUCAAAACAUUGGUGAAGACUGUUGUAAAAUGUGUGGAAGGGCUUUCUACAAAGGAGAGAAAAUAAAAAAGCACAUGAGGAAAAACACUUCAGCUAACGUGAGCCAAACCACGAGCCAGAGCUGCUGCAGAGUCUGUGGGAAAUCUUUCCGCUACAGACGCUCCUUCCUGAAACACGUACUUAAACACGAGCAGAGCGCCGGUCUCUGCGGGGUUUGCGGAAAACAUCUGGACUCCGACGAGAGCCUGAAGGUGCAUUUGCAGACCCACAACGAGGAAAACAGCUGCAGGGAUCAAACGGACGACAGGCAGCAGCAGCAGUCGGAGGCCGAGUGCUCGGACGCCGAGAGCAAAAUGGACGACAGCGACGAAGACUGGAAGGAAACCGACGGGACGGAGAGCGAUGACGGAGAGAGUGAUGAUAAAGAUGAGACCAAAGAAGAAGAGUCAAAAACAAAGAAGCCAAAGAGAUCUAAGAAUAAGGAAUGUAAGGAUUUAUCCCCUUUGAAAUAUUCCUGUAAAGUGUGUGACAAGUCUUUCUGCUACAGAGCUUCUUUUCUGAGGCACGUUCAAGAAGACGAGAGAGACACAGAUGUUUGCGGUGUGUGCGGGAAACAUUUCGAAUCCGAGGAAAGCUUGAGACUCCACCUGCAGACUUACAUCCGAACGAACGACUGCGAGGUCUGCGGGAAACAUUUCGACGGCCACAAACAGCUGGAGAUGCACAUGAGGACGCACACGGGAGAGAAACCGUACGUGUGCAGCGUGUGCGGGAAAGCGUUCGCUCAAAACGGGAAUCUGAUGGGACACAUGAGAGCUCACACGGGGGAGAAACCGUAUGUCUGCAACGUGUGCGGGCAGAGCUUCAGCUUUAAAGAGUACAUGACGGCUCACAUGAGGAUCCACACGGGGGAGAAACCGUUCCUGUGCAGCGUCUGCGGGAAAGGGUUCAGACAGAGGGGAACGUUAAAAACACACAUGAUGAUACACACGGGUGAGUCGUCACAUCGGUGCAGCGUCUGCGACAAGACGUUCUACAAGAGCGGAGCGUUGAAAAUCCACAUGAGGUCACACACGGGAGAGAAGCCGUACCUGUGCAACGUCUGCGGGAAAAGCUUCACGGCUAGCGGCUCGCUGACCAAACACAUGGGAGCGCACGAUGGGGAGAGAACGCACUGCUGCACCGUCUGUGGGAAAGGGUUUCUGAGGAAGGAGGAUCUGAAGAGACACGUUCAGACUCACAGGGAGGAAUCCACACAGCUGACGAGUCUUUAAAGGAGAGACUGGUUACUGCCUGUUAAAGGAGUAGUUCAACAUUUUGGGAGUUGUGCUUAUUUUCAGUCUUUCGGAGAGUAAAAUGGGAAGAUUAACUGUAG